CAAACGGUGAACACAUGGCUCGGUCGUCUCUUGACUAGUUGACUUUAUGGUCUAAAAAGUACUUAUAAUCAGUAAUUUCUAUAAUUAAUAUAUUAAAGUCUUUACUCUAUAUUACAUUACUACGAUUAGUUUGUUUGAACAAUUGUCAUUUAUUUUCACUGCGUAUAUCUAUAACUUAAUACUAAAAUAUUAUUGUUUAUUUAUAAUGUCAGAAAAAGAAGUAUCGGUACGCGGUAUGCCCAAAUGUGGACGAUUUUGGAAAACACCUAAAACCAAAUUUUCGUCAAUCAACAAAACAAAGGGUUUAAAAUUGUCUUUUGAACGUAAACAAAAACUUAGAGAAGACAUUAAAAAAACUAGAGAGUUGUCUAGAACUUUGAUUAAUGAAAGAAAUGCAGAAAAUGAAGCUAGGAAAGAACGACGACGUGAAAAUAUCAAACGACGUGCAGAAAAUCAAAGGAAAUCUGAAGUUGUUCAAGUGAUUAAGAACCCUGCCAAAAUUAAGAGAAUGAGGAAAAAGGCAAUGAGGCAAAUUGAAAAAAGAGAUACAUUAAAUAUCAAAUAAUAUUCUCAUUUUUGAAAUAUAAUUAAUUAACAAUUGUAAUAUAAAAUAAACUUUAAAUAUAAUUUUUUUUAUUUUA